AUUGAUAUUGAAUAAAUGUGCAAUUGUUACACUUUUACUGGAUCUGUUUUCAUAUUUUGCUGCAGUGGUACAACUGAAAUCUGUUCAAAUCAAGGAAAAUGUGUUCAAGGUUAUUGCCACUGCAAUAAAAUACCAAAAACCAAUCAACUCUACCGGGGAUUGUACUGUGAGUGUGAUGAUACCAGCUGCCCUACUUCAAAUAGAAAGAUUUGUGGAGGUAUUAGCCAUGGCUCCUGUGUAUGUGGUAAAUGCUCAUGCCAACAGCAAUAUAGUGGAGAAGCAUGUGAAGCUGAUCAAAGCAAUAAGAAAUGUCUUUCACCAAAUGGACAACUGUGCAAUGGACAUGGGAAUUGUAUUCAAAAUCAGUGCCAGUGCAAAUCACCAUAUUUUGGUAGAUUCUGUGACAAGAAGCAGGUUGUAAGAAAUCAUUUGAACACCCAUUGCAUUGAAAGUAACUCAUCAGUUAUCUGCUCAAACAGAGGUAGAUGUUCAAGAGGUUUUUGCCGCUGCAAUAAAAUACCAAGAACUAAUCAAGUAUACACUGGAAAAUAUUGUGAAUGCGAUGAUACCAACUGCCCUACUUCUAAUGGAAAGAUUUGUGGAGGGAGAAACCAUGGAAAUUGUAAAUGUGGAAAAUGCCAUUGCCAACAGUCAUAUAGUGGGGAAGCAUGUGAUGUUGAUCAAGCUAAUCAAAACUGCUUAUCAUCAAAUGGACAACUGUGCAGUGGACAUGGAAACUGUAUUGGAAAUCGGUGCCAAUGUGAAUCACCAUAUUUUGGCAAAUUCUGUCAAAAGACACAGGAAUCUAGAAGUAGUGAGAAUUCAGGUUGUAAACAGAGCCGUACAUCACCUGUCUGCUCAAAUAGAGGUAACUGUGUCCAAGGCUACUGUCAUUGUAGUACCAAACCUGGAACUAAUCGUGCAUACAGUGGCAUGUAUUGUGAGUGUGAUGAUUUCAGCUGUCCUACUUCAAAUGGAAAGAUUUGUGGAGGUAGAAGACAAGGAAUCUGCCAAUGUGGCAAGUGCAGAUGCCAUGCUAAUUACAAAGGCAAAGCCUGUGAAAGAGAUCUUCAGUCUCAAAACUGCAGCUCACCAAAAGGCGUCUGCAGUAGACGUGGUAACUGCCAAAAUAAUCGCUGUAUAUGUCAACCUAAUUAUUUUGGCAAAAAAUGUGAAUUCCGUUUGCAAUCAGAAAAAAAUCUUACAGCUAGAUGUAUCGAUGGUAACACUUCAAGUGUCUGUUCUGACCGAGGAGACUGCGUUCUUGGAAUAUGUCGUUGUCAUAAAUUUGGUUCCUACCGCUAUACUGGUCAGUUUUGUGAAUGUAAUGAUUACAGCUGUGAAUACUUUGAUGGAAAACUUUGUGGCGGUAUAAAACAAGGAGUAUGUGUAUGUGGGGAAUGUCAAUGCAAAAAAGGCUUUGAAGGUUCAAGUUGUUCUCUCACCAAAGCAACAGAUAAGUGUAUGGCAUCAAAUGGACUAUUAUGUAAUGGGAAAGGAACCUGUACAAACAAUGUAUGCACAUGUAUAGGUACUUAUAGAGGACCAACAUGUGAAGAUUGUCCAACAUGUGUCAACAAGUGUGAGAGGAUGAAACAAUGUGUUUUAUGCAAGGUCUUUGGCACUGGUACUCUAACAUUUGAACAAUGUAUAAAGUGUGCCCCUAUCCACUUAGUUGACAGUUUGGAUGAUAUAUACACAAAAAAGACAAGACAUCUGUGUUUAUUUAUUGAUGAUUAUGAUUCCUGUAGAGUAAGGUUUGCCCUUGAGCAACGUCCAAAUAAUAAAAUGAAAACCUAUGUCAUUCGGAGGAAAGAAUGUGAAGCUUGACAGAAAGAAAAUUUCCAUCUUUAUAAUAUUAAUGAUGAUAAUAUUAACAAUAUGAAGCUCCAGGGAUUGUUACAUAUAUAUCCUGAUGAUUCCUUAUUUUGAUGAUACUGCUGAUGGUGACAAUGGCAACAGCAAUACAUUGUUAAACCAAUAUAUAUAUAUGUAAUAAUUUAAAAAGAUGUAUUGAGACUCUCCUUAUUUCUAAGCACAAAUUAAAUGAAUCAAACUACAAGAAAGAUGAAGAACAGCUUACAAAAUAUAGUUUAAAUGUGUUUUUUUCUGUUUGUAGCUACUGCAUAGGGCAGAAGGUAAGCUUCCAGCAAACCUAGUUUGCUACACAAUACCAGUAAUUAUUUGAGGUUGUUUCCAUUAGACUUAUGCUAUCACUUCAAUUGAGAAAGGCAUGAACUCAUCACAACAUUCAGUUUGUCCAUCCUUUAAAAUAUAAUAAGGCCUGUUUAUCUGUGUGUAUAUGUGUGUAUGAUCAAAAUAAGCCUAUACUUGAGUUUUUAGUUUCAUUGUAGCAUGAUAAAACCUUGAUAAUAAAAUUUUUAAAAAAGACUUGAAUGUAAAACAUAUUCUAGGAAAUAAAAAAUACAAGUAUGUCAGCAACUGUCAGUAUAAUUGCAUAUAUGGACGUUUGACAGAGAAAGAGAGCAUUGUAUUUUUAUAAAUCCUUUCACUCAACUGCAAACUAUAUGAAUGUAUUUUUCAACCCGUGUUUGCCCAGGCGAAUAUCUUUUUGUUUUUCUUUUUAGAAUUGGGUAUUUUUUGUUAUGUUAUGUUAAAAUGCUGGUCCCACUACUAACAUCUCAAGUGUCCAGGUGAAAGUGGACCCUACCAACAGUAAGACUAACAGAGUUAUGUUUCUUGUGCAGGGUCAUGGCACAGAGACUGUAACACUUAAAGUUUGAAUUUAUGUGCAUGUGAUCAACAAUUUAACCCCUUAACUUCACAAACGUUAAUCUACUCAUUAUUUUAGUAGUUGAGUAAAUAAUUUUAGAUAUCAA